AUGGCAUCAAAUCAAAAUCCAUCUUUAGUUAUUCCUCUUCAAGCAAGCGGCCACCUGAGAUCUAAAAAAGUUUAUUUUCUUUCAUGGCAACCGACUGCCGAUCAGGAUUCAUUUUGUAAAUCGUUGCAAAAACUGGUAUUAGAUGCAAUUGAAAUGGCAUCAACUGAAAAUUUUCGCAGCAUUUCAUUUCCUGCAAUAGGUUGCAGUCAAUAUGGUUACCCACCAAAUCUUAUUGCAAAAAUAUUAAUUGAAGAAGCUUAUCGAUUGGUCGAUAUACACGGAAUUUCCAUUAGUUUUACAAUAGAACCAGACAAAAUCGACAUUUAUCAAGAGUUUAAAAGACAGAUUGAUUUGCUAAAGGAAAGUAAAGAACCUUCGGAUACGCCAGUGGUUUCUAUUAAGGUUGGAAAUGGAACAAUAAGCGUUGAAAAAGGAACUAUUAUAACUCAAAAAGUUGAUGCAAUCAUUGGAAGUUCAUCAUCGAAACAUUUAAAAAAAGCUAUAAUCAAAGCUGCUGGACGUGAUGUUGAAAGUGCAUAUCAAACAGAGUAUCUUCACAACCCAGACGCAAUUUUGAUUUCAACCAUUUCUGGACAAUUACCUUGCAAAAGAAUAUUUUUUCUUAAGUGGCAACCAGAAUCAAACGAAGGUGAACUCCGUCAAUCAAUCAAAGAUUUUAUAUCAAAUGUUAUUCAACAUGUUAUAUCAUAUAAAUAUUCAUCUGUUGCCUUUCCAGCUAUUGGUUGUGGACAACAUAACUGUUCCGUGACUAUUGUAGUUGAGACAAUGGUCAAUGCAAUCAAAAAAGAACUCGAAAGAAGAGGAAAAGCAUUAGCAAUCAAAUUCGUUAUCGAACCUGGGAAACAAAAUGUUUAUGACGAGUUUUGUAAACAUGUCUUAGCAUCCGAGAGAAGUAAAGUUUUACGGUUUUUUAAGGGCAUAAUAAUAACUUCGUGUUUGCAAGCAAUAUCAUAGAUAGAAUGAGAAUUAAAAAAUUUGAGUAUCUAUUAAACUUUUCCACAGCAUAACAAAUAAAUUUUAAAGCUGUUGUAUUAUACUAAAUACUUCACCGAUAUACUUAUCUUGAUUUGAAAAGUCAUAGAAACCAUUCGUGUCGUAUGUUUUAUGUAUAUUAAUUUUUGAGUAAUGCUUUGAAAUAGACUAAUUUAUUAAGACUUGCCUGAUGAAAUGCUAAAAGGUCUAAAAGCGUACUGCGUCUCUUAAAAAUAUUUCCAGUAAGACCCUAACAUAUCUCAUUCAGAUUAUUGAGUUGUCUUGUUCAUACGCCUUUUUAUAUGAAGGUCUAGAUAUGAAAACAAAACUGAGAUAUCUUUAGACAUUUUCAAGAUAUUUUGGACAAUAUUUAAAGUCUUGCUAAUGUUCCGAAAAAAGAGACAAGUUAGUCAUAUAUUUCAUGUAAAAGUUCCAAAGUUCAGCCUCUCUUACGAGGGAACAUAUGCAAGUGUAAAAAAUCUUUUGAGUUCGGACUCUGUGCAUAAGGUAGACCCCAGUGAGCUAUGAAAAACCCUAAAAGGAUAAAGGCUGUUAGGCCUUCUGUCCAGAGGUACAGGUAUUUUAC